AUGCGCCCAAGUCAGGGAGCUCCGAAGCCUCGAAAGAGAGGCACAAUGUCAAAGGGGCCAGAAGAAGCCUCCAAGGAGAUGGUGGAGGAAGAGGAAGCACAGGGGACGCAGUGGGAGCAAGAGGAGGAGGGAGAUCGCGGGGAACAGGGGCAGCAGGGGGAGCGGGAAGCUCAAGGGGUGCAGGAAGCUCAGGGGGAGCAGGGGGAACAAGGAGCUCAGGGGGAACAAGGAGCUCAGGGGGUGCAGGGAGCUCAGGGGGAGCAGGGGGAGCAGGGAGCUCAAGGGGUGCAAGGGAGGGAUGAUAGGGUGGGCAAGCCGCAGGAAAGCCAGAGCCUGUUCCCUGAGUCGUUGAAGGAAGAGGACAUCUGGAAGGCCAUAGGCCUCGAUGAAGGCUUUGACGAAGACUCCCUGGAAUUCCGUCCCCGCCUAAUUAGCGUGGUCAGCCCCAGCCUGAGUACCACGUCCCCGCCCAGCGAGGUGUCCAGCCCCUCGUGGAUCGCAGAGGAGCCGCUAGAGAAGCCGCUGCCGCGCACCGAGGGCUCUCCUUCUGCUUCCAGCAGCGGCUCGUCCCACAAAAGCUAUCCCAAAAUAUUUCAGACAUUUAAGAAAGACUUGUCUGAAGUGACUGUAGAUAGAAACUUGUACCCAAGUUUGUAUGAAAGAGUUCAGAUAUCAAUACAAACAGAAGAUGAAAGCUGGCUUCAACAAAUUUCUGCUAGAAAGCAAAUAAAAAGAAUACCAUCCAUUGAGAUAACGAAAGCACCGACAGAAAAUCUAGCUUCUAAGUUAAGAGGAAAUUGGAUAAUUAAUCCUGAAGAGCCCAAGCUAAGCAUUUUAUGUGAGAUGGAGUUUAAUGAAGACUUUGUAAAUUUGUUUGAAACUUCACUAAGGACGUUACCCAGCAUUGGGCCACCGGCCAUUCUGUCAUAUAGAAAAGAGUACCCCUAUAUGGAUGUUAGCUGUAAGGAUGAAGAAGAGCUGAAACCCAUGUGUGAAUUUUGUGGAGGUGUUCUACAGUCAUUGUUUUUUAAGAUGGACACUUCCUCUGACGAUGCUCAAACCAAACCAAAAUCAUAUAAGUGCUGCUGUCUUGAGUUUCAAAAUCUGCUUGAUUAUAUCAAUGAGGAAAUGCUAACCACCAAAACCUCUGCAAUGGAAUUAAUCAGUAUCUCUCCUCAUGCAGCCCAUGGCAGUGCUAUCGACAGGCUCAAGGCGAAGGAAAAGGCUUUGCAGAAAAAACAAGAGCGUCAAAUGGCCAGACAUUUUGAGAUAAUAUCACAUGAUCCUAGCCCCUCAGGAACUGAUGAUGAUCCAAAGCAUCUGAAGACAAUCUCUUACCAGCUCUCUGUGGAUAUACCACAGACUGUGUCCACUGAAGACACACUUGACCUUCAGAUCACUAAGGCCUCCAUCACUUGCUAUGAUUCCUGGAAAAUGUGUGGAAAGGUCAUAAGGAAUGAGCUCGUGGAGAAGAGCUACAAGCACGGAAGCAAGUUUCUCACUUCCUUCCCUGAUGGGACGACACAAAUGUUUUAUCCAUCUGGAAACCUAGCUAUUAUGCGAGUGCCCAACAAGACAGAUGGUUUUAUUUGUAUAAUCCAAGAAGACACACCCACCAACCCUGCUAUCCUGGCACUGUUUGACUCCUCUGGCAAAAGCUCCUGCUACCACCCCAACGGAAAUGUCUGGGUAUACAUCAACAUCUUGGGAGGCCAGUACUCCGAUCAGGCGGGCAACAGGAUACGAACUUGGACCUGGUCAAGUACCAUGCCUUCCUCAUCCUUUAUCUCAUUUAAACCUGUCUUUCUGGCUUUGAACCGUUACAUUGGAAUUCGCAUCCUAAAACUAGACAAGGUCUCCAUUAAUUUUCUAGCUAUGGGCCAACAGGCAACAAUCAGCCUUGGAACCAGAGUAAUGCUCCACGAUCCAGAGGAGAUUCCAGCCCUGUGGUUCCUGAGUGAAGACGACCUUCUGUUGUUGGCCAAUUUAAUAAAGAUCCGGCGUCUGUUCAAUAAGCUGAAAGGAUGCAUGAAUUUCCCCACAAGUCAGGCUUGGGAACGAUUAAAGCAACCUCCCUACCUUUCUUCACUCUCCCUAAAACUACUUGCCCUCUGCCAUAAUUCUGGCAUAAAACAAAAUAUAAUGGAAACAAUUAUAGAUCUAAUAAAAGAGGAAGAGUAAAGAAGUGUCA